CCCAUUGUAUUGAGUCCAAACAACCAAGCACCCAUUUUUUGUUUUCAGGUUCUUUUUCUGAAGUAUCUUCAAAAACCCAUCAUUUUUACUUGAGUUAUAUACGCAUGCCAGUUAGAUGAUCUAUAGAUCUGCAUUUCUCGUUUGCUGAAUUGUCUCAACUGGGCUUUCCUUUCACUUAGCUGGAGCAGUCAGCAGUGUAUUAUUCUUUUUGUCUUCUUCUGGUGAAAAGAGAGGAGUGGAUGGCAUGGGAAGAUUACAUUUUGCAUUGUUUAUAACAAAGAAAUAGUCUUGUUCAAUUGGAUGCUUUGGAGUUACAUAAAGCUUUCCUUUUGAAGGUCUGAUGAGCUAAAACUGCUAACAAUGGGUGUAUCAGGGAAAUGGAUUAAAGCUUUGGUUGGUUUGAAGAAACCAGAAAGAUCACAAUCUUCAGAAAAGGAUGAAAAUAGGACCAGUACUACUGGAAAGUUUUGGCACCGGAGAAAGCAUUCUGUUGAAAUUGAUACUGACAUACUUCAGGACGAAUUGAGUCAUGAUGCUGCAAGGCCAGCUGAAGAUGCUAGUGCACUUUCACUUUCAGAUGCCACUGGCACGCCUUCUACUUCACUUCAAGUGGCAGAUGCAGCUCAAAUUCAAUACAGUAGAGAAGAAUGGGCAGCCAUCCGCAUUCAAACAGCUUUUAGAGGAUUCCUGGCUAGACGAGCUCUAAGAGCCUUAAAGGGACUAGUGAGACUUCAAGCCCUUGUUAGGGGCCAUGCUGUAAGAAAGCAAGCUGCAAUCACUCUCCGCUGUAUGCAAGCUCUAGUUCGAGUUCAGGCCCGUGUCCGAGCAAGGCGUGUUCGUAUGGCACUGGAAAAUCAAACAGCCCAACAGAAACUUCAACAACAACUUGAACAUGAUGCUCGUGUUAGGGAAAUAGAAGAAGGGUGGUGUGAUAGUGUUGGAUCCGUUGAAGAUAUUCAAGCCAAGUUGUUGAAAAGGCAGGAAGCUGCAGCUAAGCGUGAAAGGGCAAUGGCAUAUGCUUUGGCUCAUCAGUGGCAGGCAGGAUCAAGACAGCAGGCAACACCAGCUGGUUUCGAACCAGAUAAAAGUAACUGGGGAUGGAAUUGGUUGGAAAGGUGGAUGGCCGUUCGUCCAUGGGAAAACCGCUUUUUAGACAUUAAUACCAAGGAUGGGAUGGCACUUCAAGAGAAUGGAUCAACUGAAGGAAAAAAUGGUAUAAAAACCCAAACAAAAUCUACUGGCAAGAAAUCAAUGACUUCAAAUCACCCAAAUGAAAAAACAGGCCCAUCUCGUUCAAGUAUCAAUUUGAAUCUGUUAAAUGAGAAAUUAGCUGCUUGUCAUUCUGAUGGCUCCAGCUCUUCCCCAAAUAAGUUGGCCACAGUGCAAGAUACAACUCCCACAGUUUCUGCCAAUCCAAGGUUAAAACAGAUUCAUGAUGAUUUAGCUGAAGGCGGUAGUUUAAAGCCCAGUGUCAUUUCAAGAUCAAACAGCAACCCUAAAGAGAGAUCGAUGCAGUCAGAUAAGCAGGGAAAGAAGAGGCUUUCUUUGCCUAGUGGGCAAGGUCUUGGCUCUCAGACAACUAGGCAACCUAGUAGAAAUGCUGUCAAAAGGAGUCCUACUGUACAGAAGCCCUUGAAGGACAGAUCCAAAGCAAAUGGCACUGAUCUAAAGCCUACCAAAUCGAUUGCACAGUCUGUGGACAACUAGACUUGAUGUUCUGUUGGGAUAUGCAACUCUUCCAUAUUAAGUUCUGCCUUUGUUAGUCUGUACAUAGUGGUGGCCUCUCUUAAGGAGAUGCGUUGGCAGUGCUUCAGUUCCUCUUUUUUCUGGCAAUAUCGUCAGGGCAGGGAUGGAAGACAGGUGUUGUUGCAGGAAUAAAUCUUCUCGGAGCUACUCAAGCUGUUGUAACGGUUGUCAUGUCAUCAUUUUUUAUCGGCUAUUCUCUUGUUUUGUUAGCUAUUUCUGAGCUGCUUGUCUUAAGUUUGGUUCAUAUGUUGAGAGACUUCGUUCUGUUCCUCCACUGUAGAAAGGUUGUCAAUUGGUUCUUUUGUUCAAUUUAUUCAUAAGAUCAGACUCAAGAAUUUGGCAGGCUUGAAGGGUAUAUGUUUUAAGUGCAAAAUUUUAGUGACUUGAAGUAAGAUUUAUCUGAUGAAUGAUGAAUUCAUCUGUGUUCAAAUCCUUGUCAGUAUUCUAUACUGCACUUGAUUCUAUAGUUCGAUUGUAAGAUAAUACUGGCACUAUAACAGAAGUCACUGGCCACUAUGACAGAAGUCACUGGCCCGUUGUGUACUCAUAUUGCAAUUUCAUCUAUUGGAGAUUGAGAUA